AGGCCGGGCGCGUCGGCGGAAUUCUGGGAGCUGCGGCCGGCUCGGGCUGUCGGGCGCCGCGGCCUCAGGGGCAGUGCCGCCCGCGGCGGUUCGCGCUCCGGGGCGGGGCCCAGGUUUCUAGUGACAGCCCCAGGGAUCAUCAGGCCUGGAGGAAAUGUGACUAUUGGGGUGGAGCUUCUGGAACACAGCCCCCCACAGGUUACUGUGAAGGCCGAGCUGGUCAAGAAGGCAGCAAACCUCACCGUCUCCGUCCUGGAAGCAGAAGGACUCUUUGAAAAAGGCUCUUUCAAGACACUUAUUCUUCCAUCACUACCUCUGAACAGUGCAGAUGAGAUUUAUGAGCUACAUGUAGCUGGACGUGCCCAGGAUGAGAUUUUAUUCAGUAAUAGCACUCGCUUAUCAUUUGAGACCAAGAGAAUGACUGUCUUCAUUCAAACAGACAAGUCCCUAUACAAGCCAAAGCAAGACGUGAAGUUUCGUAUUGUCACACUCUUCUCAGAUUUUAAACCUUGCAGAACUGCUGUGAACAUUCUCAUUAAGGACCCCAAGUCGAAUCUGAUCCAGCAGUGGUUGUCAGAACAAAGUGAUCUUGGAGUCAUUUCUAAAACUUUUCGGUUAUCUUCCCAUCCAAUACUUGGUGACUGGUCCAUUCAAGUUCAAGUGAAUGACCAGAUGUAUUAUCAAUCAUUUCAGGUUUCAGAAUAUGUAUUACCAAAAUUUGAAGUUGCUUUGCAGACACCAUUAUAUUGUUCUUUAAAUUCUAAGAGUUUAAAUGGUACUGUCAUAGCAAAGUAUACGUAUGGGAAGCCAGUGAAAGGAGAUGUAACACUUACAUUUUUACCUUUAUCCUUUUGGGGCAUGAAGAAAAAUAUUACAAAAAAAUUAAAGAUAAAUGGAUAUGCAAACUUCUCUUUUAAUGAUGAAGAGAUGAAAAAGGUAAUGGAGUUUUCGGAGGGGCUUUCUGAACACGUGUAUCUGUCUUCCCCUGGGCCGGUAGAAAUUUUAGCCACAGUGACAGAAUCGCUCACAGGUAUCUCAAGAAAUGCAAGCUCCAAUGUAUUUUUCAAGCAACAUGAUCACAUCAUUGAAUUUUUUGAUUAUGCUACUGUCUUGAAGCCGUCUCUCAACUUCACAGCCACUGUGAAGGUAACCCGUUCUGAUGGCAAUCAACUAACUCCUGAAGAAAGAAGAACUAAUGUGGUCAUAACAGUGACACAGAGAAACUAUACCGAUUACUGGAGCAGGUGGAACAGUAGAGACCAGGAAGUAGAAGCUGUCCAGAUUAUAAAUUAUACUGUCCCACAAAAUGGAAUCUUUAAGAUUGAAUUCCCAAUCCUGGACGAUUCCAGCGAGCUACAAUUGAAGGCCUCUUUCUUGAAUAGUGUGAGCAGCAUGGCAGUUCACGGUAUGUUUAUGUCUCCUAGUAAAACAUAUAUCCAGCUGAAAACAAGAGAUGAAAAUAUAAAGGUGGGAUCACCUUUUGAGUUGGUGGUUAGUGGCAACAAGCAAUUGAAGGAGUUAAGCUACAUGGUGGUGUCCAGGGGACAGUUGGUGGCUGUAGGCAAACAAAAUUCAACAGCCUUCUCUUUAACACCAGAGAAUUCUUGGGCUCCGAAAGCCUGUAUAAUUGUGUAUUAUAUUGAAGAUGAUGGGGAAAUUAUAAAUGAUGUUCUAAAAAUUCCUGUUCAUCUUGUUUUUAAAAAUAAGAUAAAUCUAUUUUGGAGUAAAGCGAAUGCUGAACCAUCGGAGAAAGUCUCUCUUAGGGUCUCUGUGACACAGCCGGACUCCGUAGUUGGCAUUGUAGCUGUUGACAAAAGUGUGAAUCUGAUGAAUGCCUCAAAUGAUAUUACAAUGGAAAAUGUGGUCCACGAGUUGGAACUUUAUAACACGGGAUAUUAUUUAGGCAUGUUCAUGAAUUCUUUUGCAGUCUUUCAGGAAUGUGGCCUCUGGGUAUUGACGGAUGCACACCUUGUGAAGGAUUCCAUUGAUGGUGUUUAUGACAGUGUAGAGAGUGCCGAGAGGUUUGUGGAGGAGAGUGAAGCGUACGUGGUCGAUCUCCGUGACUUUGCUUUGGGUAGCCGUCCGCACGUCAGAAGGCAUUUUCCUGAGACUUGGCUUUGGCUGGACGCCAACAUGGGUUCCAGGAUGGACCAAGAAUUUGAAGUUACCGUACCUGAUUCUAUCACUUCUUGGGUCGCUACUGCGUUUGUGAUCUCUGAGGACUUGGGUCUUGGACUGACAACUACUCCAGUGGAGCUACAAGCCUUCCAACCAUUUUUCAUUUUUUUGAAUCUUCCCUACUCUGUUAUCAGAGGUGAAGAAUUUGCUUUGGAAGUAACCAUAUUCAAUUAUUUGAAAGAUGUCACUGAGGUUAAGGUAAUCAUUGAGAAAAGUGACAAAUUUGAUAUUCUAAUGGCUUCAAAUGAAAUAAAUGCCACAGGACACCAGCAGACCAUUCUGGUUCCCAGUGAGGAUGGGGCAACUGUUCUUUUCCCAAUCAAGCCAAUACAUCUGGGGGAAAUUCCUAUCACAGUCACAGCUGUUUCACUGGCUGCUUCCGAUGCUGUCACCCAGAAGAUUUUAGUAAAGGCUGAAGGAAUAGAAAAAUCCUAUUCACAGUCCAUCCUAUUAGACUUGACUGACAACAAGCUACAAACGACUCUGAAAACCUUGAGCUUCUCGUUUCCUCCUGACACAGUGAGCGGCAGUGCGAGAGUCCAGGUCACUGCAAUUGGAGAUAUUCUUGGCUCUUCCAUCAAUGGCUUAGCCUCAUUGAUUCGGAUGCCUUAUGGCUGUGGUGAACAGAACAUGAUAAAUUUUGCUCCAAAUAUUUAUGUUUUGGAUUACCUGACCAAAAAGAAACAACUGACAGAAAAUUUAAAAGAAAAAGCCCUUUCAUUUAUGAGGCAAGGUUACCAGAGAGAACUUCUCUAUCAGAGGGAAGACGGCUCUUUCAGUGCCUUUGGGAAGGAUGACCCCUCUGGGAGCACUUGGUUGUCAGCUUUUGUUUUAAGAUGUUUUCUUGAAGCUGAUCCUUACAUAGAUAUCGAUCAGAAUGUGUUGCACAGAACAUAUACUUGGCUCAAAGGACGUCAGAAAUCCAGUGGUGAAUUUUGGGAGCCAGGAAGAGUGAUCCAUAGUGAGCUUCAAGGUGGCAGUACAAGUCCAGUAACGCUUACAGCUUAUAUUGUGACUUCUCUCCUGGGAUAUAAAAAGUAUCAGCCUAAUAUUGAUGUGCAAGAGUCUAUCAACUUUCUGGAGUCUGAAUUCAACAGAGGAAUUUCAGACAAUUACACUCUAGCCCUUAUUACUCAUGCGCUGUCAUCCGUGAGGAGCCCCAAAGCCAAGGAGGCUUUGGAUAUGCUGACUUGGAGAGCAGAACGAGAAGGAGACAUGCAGUUCUGGGUGACAUCAGUGUCCAGACUUUCUGAGUCCUGGCAGCCAAGCUCCCUGGAUAUUGAAGUCGCUGCCUAUGCCCUGCUCUCACACUUCCUGCAGGGCCAGCUUUCUGCGGGAGUCCCAGUUAUGAGAUGGCUGAGCAGGCAGAGGAAUCGCUUGGGAGGUUUUGUGUCUACCCAGGACACCAUUGUGGCCUUGAAGGCCCUGUCUGAAUUUGCAGCCCUGAUGAACACAGAAAGGACAAAUAUCCAAGUGACUGUGAUGAGGCCCACUUCACCAAGUCCUGUAAAGUUUCUGAUUGACACACAGAACCGCUUUCUCCUCCAGACGGCAGAGCUUGCUGUGGUACAGCCAACUACAGUUAAUAUUUCCGCAAAGGGUGUUGGAUUUGCUGUUUGUCAGCUUAAUAUUAUUUAUAAUGUGAAAGAUUCAGGGUCUUCCAGAAGUCAAAAAUCUAUCCAAAAUCAAGAAGCCUUUGAUUUAGAUGUUGCUGUAAAAGAUAAUAAAGAUGAUCUCAAUCACCUGAAUUUGAAUGUGUGCACAAGGUUUUUGGGGCCAGCUAGAAGUGGCAUGGCCCUUAUGGAAGUUAACCUACUCAGUGGUUUCAUGGUGCCUUCGGACGCAAUUCCUCUGAGCGAGACAUUGAAGAAAGUGGAACAUGAACAUGGAAAACUGAACCUGUAUUUAGAUUCUGUGAAUGAAACCCUGUUUUGUGUUGAUAUUCCUGCUGUGAGAAACUUCAAAGUUUCAAAUACACAAGAUGCUUUAGUGUCCAUAGUGGAUUACUAUGAACCAAGGAGACAAGCGGUGAGAAGUUACAACUCUGAAGUGAAGCUGUCCUCCUGUGACCUCUGUGGGGACGACCACAGCUGCCGUCCUUGUGAGAAUGGGGUGGCGGCCUCCUGUUGUCACUCGUCUGUCGUUUUCGUUUUCUGUUUUGUGCUUCUGUUCUCUUUGCAGUGUUGGCUGUGAUUUAAAUUUUAAGGACUCCAUGUAGUACUUAGAUUUCCGGAAGUCACAUGUGAUUGUCUUGUUUCAUAACCAAAUGUUGCCUCUGACUAUUUCAAAAUACAAUUUUUUUCUUUUUAUGGGGUUGAGGGGCUGCUUGGUCUUAGUAUGGGGUAUGGGGUCUCAGUACAUGUAGCUGCACAGAUUUCUUCACCUGACUUCUGUGUGGAACAAAACCCAGAAUUAUUGCAGUUGUGUAUCCUUAUUUCCUCCUCUUAAAAUCUUUUAGGAUCUUUUUUGGAGGUGUUGUUUUCUCCAGAAUAAAUGCAUUAUUUUAGAUUAUUCUUUUCAUCUUCUAGAAGAGUCGAGCCCAGGUUCUUAAGCGCUAUUAGACACCAGAGCUUGCUUUAGUAUUAAAGGUGGAUUUCUGGGAACUGGGGGACUACAAAAGAAGGAGGAGCUUGUUCUGUCUCCUUCCCACCGCCAUCCUCCCUGCUCUCCAGCCCAGCCCACCCCGGUGGGCUCAGUAUAUCCUUCUUAAUUGGAUAUUACCUCUUUCUUUUUAGAAUGUAGGUGGUGAAGUUUCUUUUCAGGAAAUGAUGUUUUUCCACUCCACAUGUGAUUUCGUAUCCAGCCAUUACCCUUCUGCUGUUUUUCUCCUGUAGAGAAUGAGAGAGGGCGUGUGUUUCUGUGCUUUGCACUCUAGUUCAGAGGUUGAGGAGUGUCCAGGAGACCGCCCUUGGGCUCUGGCUGCGCUGCGCUCCCUCCCUGCCUCAGCCCCCAGGGAUCCGGUCGGGGUUGCGAGGCGGGAGUGUUGCGGUCUAUGCCUCCAGUGCCUUGGACUAGAGGAGCCUAUGCCAGGAGACACAGGUUUUGUUAGUAAUGGGGGACCAUAAGCUGAGGGUACAACAAAAUCCUGUCUAAGAUGCCACAGGUUGAUCUCCCUGUGGUCUGGGAAAGAAGCUGAGGUUUGAUGGGGCCCAGAGAGUCUUGACAUGCAUCUGAGCUGAGUGUCGUGGGCUGUUGCCCAGGGUCCUGGAGAAGCUCUUCUAGACUCGGGUGCUGGUGACAUCUAACACUUGCUGGGAGCCUUUAGGAAGAUUUCUGAAUUUUGAGCACCUGGAUCAUUGGUUACCCUGUAUUCUGAAGGACAGUAUUCAUUUAUCUGGGUGAAAAUUUUAAAGAAAAAUUCCUUUCUUCUCCCCCCUCAUUUUCCUCCCUCUCUCUCCUUUCUUUUUUCCCUUCUAAACAUAUUAAAAUAUUUUAGAUAUAUCCAAAAUUAAUUAAAGCUCUUUUCCUAAGUCUAAGAAAUGGUUUAAUUUGGCCUCUUAACUCCAUGGCAUUUCUUUCAAGUGGAUGUGGGGAAAACGAUUGCCGUGGGCUCCACGGAGUCUGUGCUGCAGUAUUUUCAGCUGUUUCACAAUAAAUCCAUCAAAAAUAAAGUCUGCAAAUAUAUCUUUUAGAGUUAACAUUUUAAAUGUUUUUAUUUUGGUGAAUUUUAAGAAGUUAUAGUGCAGUGGGUGUUCAUGUAUUGCUUAUGGAUAUUUUAGAAACCAAGGUAGGAAUUACCAACUUGCAGUUUAAACUUUAAGUUUAAAGCUUGAAGCAUAUAUGUAGGAGACAGAUCCUCAGAGAGUGGUCUGUGGAGAGAGAAGAUAAAUGUCAAAUAACCUUCUUUCUUUGCUUUCAAGUGAAGAACAGUCUUAGUUCUCUUACACCUUUGAGACAGACUGACCUGAAAAAGGCGCUGGGUGCCUUGGGGCUGCCUGGGUGGCGUUUCCACUUUACGCCCUGAAACUUCUUUAGAGAUGAAAGUGUCUUGUAAUGAAGUUCCGGAGGGUGUUGGCAAAGGAUGCUCCCUCUGCUGCGCUGCCUGGGGAACUUUAUACCAACCAUCAAUACCUUACGUUCCUGGUAAAUAAUUUUUACCGAACUUCUAGUAGUGGUGUAUUAGGAAACACUACAAUGGAAAGGCCAUUGGAAGACAGCUUGUAUCUUUUUUAGAUCAUAUUUCCUCAUAUAAAACCUAAAGCUCUAAUACUUUUUUGUGAAGUACUUCAGAUUUCAGAUUAAAACGUCAUCUUGUAACACAUCUCUUUUUAUUAUAAAUUUAUCAAAAGUGAGGAGGAGGAGGAGGAGGAAGUGACAUCCAGCGAGCUCUGACUCAGGCGCACGGGGCCGUCGUCCUCCUUCAUGUCUUUCUGGGAGAACUGGCUCUGCCACAAGCAGUGGGUUUGGUUUAAAAGCAAUUAAAAAGCCACAGGCAUGGGGAGAAAGGAGGAUAUGCAGUAGUAAUAAUAGUGUAGACCAUUUUCUUCAUAUGCUGUAAGCAAUAAUAGUAAAACGCUCAUUUUACUUUGCUUAUGCGGAAGCUCUUCCAUUUAGAAAUGCCGUCAAUUUCAUUUACUGAUACGGACUAAUUUAAAAUCCCCCUUCUCUCCCACUAACUGGGAACCUUAUUGAGACACUAGCAUAUGUCACUUACAGUGUUGACUGGCCAAUGGUUCCAGAGACUGAACGCUGGAAAUAGUUAGCAGCCAGACAAUUCAAGGACAGAACAAGGCUUUUGUAUUUGGUUCCACCAUCUUGCUACCAUCAGUUAUAAUUCUGAAAAAGAAAUUAAAAUAACCAGCAAUCUGUUCUCUGUAUGUGUGAGUUUGGCUAAAAUAGGCGCAGUUAAUGAAAUACUUCCUUUUAUUGUGUUGUUCUAUUAUACUUUAUAGUUUUCAAAAUUUUGUAACAAGAGUAUCUUUGGUUUAGUAUUUUGGUUAUAUUAUAAUCUGAGGAGCAUUGUGCUAAUAUAAAAUCCAGAUAUGCAUCUAUUACCUGUUUGUUACUUAUAUAUGCAAUACCAAAUCCCACACCUAGGGGUUUGCAGAAUUGUAGAUAGCAUAAUUCUCCCUGCUUCCAUUCUUUUGGGCCUGGGUAUAGUUAUCUUUUAAAAAAUGUUAUAUUUAGCCCUAAUUUCUGUUUAUGUUAAAUAUAGUUAUAAAUAGUCCGGCAAUAUAAUAUCAGUUAUCUUUAUUUUGAUAUAAUUUAGUUAUUUCAUUCAACAUUUCUGGCUGUCCUAUGAUAUUUUUUAAAAAUGGGAGUUAUGAUUUUUGUCAUUUUUUAAAGAGACCGUUUUAUUAACCUGCUGACAUAUAAUCUGUUCUUUGUAACCACCUUAUUUUUUCUAAUUUGCUUUAUUGAAGUUUAAUAGUGAUCUCUAUAAAAAUGUGUUGUAAAUACCUUCUUGACAAGGUUUCUUAACAUAAGGGCAGUACUUAGUCUGACUUUGCCAAGUGGCUCCCGUGGACCCAGUGCCGUUGUGUAUUCUGGGGCAUCAUUUUCUUGCACAUCGUAAGUCUGAGACGCUCGCAGGAAGUGGACUCACUCCUGGAUAAGCUUCGGCACCUUCUACACUCUCAGUGGAGGCUUCUGUUAGACAGAAGAGUAUAUUCUUCAUUUUUCUUUGUUUUCAAAUUCCAGUAAGGCAUAGCAUUUUUAAGCACUUAAAAAUUUCCUAUCAUCUAUUCAAAUGAUAUUGAUGUUUAUGUUAAAUGUCUUAAGUUGCAUUGGGAGUAAUUUGAGGUGUAGCUCUUUUUGUCACUACCUUGGAUAGAGCACCAUUAUCCUACUUUCUUUGGGAAACUAAGCAGUAAAUAUAAAUCUUUAAUUAAGCAUAUAUCAGUGAGAGUAGGCUUGUUUCAAAACUAUUCCAGCCAAUGAGUUGUGUUUUCAUUACCUCAUCAAAAGAUAGUGCCACAUCACAUCAUUCCAUAGAAUGUUGUCAUUUUCAUUUCAAUUAUUGUCACACAGGAAAAUAGAUAUUUUCUAGAUGAUUUCUGAAUUUCUCACUUCAAAUGGCACUGAUACAUUGGUAUGUGUGGGUCUCUGUAAUAGGGAUGGUAUUGACACACGUGUUGCUACGUAUUUAGGAAUAAUUCUAUCUCAUGUUGUCAUGAGGCCACAACGUACCCCUUUCCUGCGCAGUGUCUUGAAUCAGCGGUGGAGGGUGGUUCCGUGUUCCAUCCGUAGGUCUUCACGGUUUAUCUUUGAUAGCUUCAGUACAGUGUGGCUCUGUUGUAGGCCUUCACGCCCUUAUGUUUCGGUUUUCAGUAGGGUGCAGUUGAUGUGGUGGGGCCAAUUUAUUUUGUACACAGGGAGCUUUAUAUAGUUGUAUUUGUAAAUCCCCUAUUUUGAGAAGCCGUUUUGCAUAUGGGAAGAAUACUGUUGAAAUAAAACAAAAACUAAAGUUUUAUAUAUUGAUCAAGGUGAUUCUGAAAGUUUAACUUUUAAAUGUUAGAAUGUUAUGUUAUCAUUAAUUGUACACUGUUAUGUAUUGAAUAGGAAAUUAUGGUUUAUCAAUAAAAUAUAAAAUUCACAUUA